UAGAUUCACGAAAUAUUAGCCAGCACAAAGCUGCCUUACAAAGACGUCAGGGUUGUCAAAACAAGAGAAGGUGUGUAUCUGUGCUAAAAGCCUGGUUUCCAUAUGGUCGUAACGGUCGUAAAGAUGGAGUCACGAUCUUUCUCAUCAGUCGAAAUACAACAUUGUAGAACUGAAAAUACGCGGAGUGAUUAUAACUAGAGAAUACUUGUGAUUUAUAUGUGGUUUACAGGUAUAAACUAUUAUAAACUGGCCGUUGAGAAAGAUCGUCACUCUAUUUUUUCGACCGUUACGACCAUACGGAAACCGAGGCUAUAAAGUGACGACCUCGAACGAGACAAAUUCAACUACACACGUAAAAAUGCACAAGUUGUUCCAGGUCUGCAAACAAGUUGUUAUAGAUCUGUUCACAAGCUGUCAACAAGUUGUCUUCGCAAUGCUUGUUCCCAGUUGUUGCAUGUAACAAAUUUGAAACAAACUGUUAACAACUUGUAACAAGCUUGAUGUCAUUCUCAGACUAAUGUACACGGUUGUUCUAACAAGUCUGGUAACAGUCAUGAUAUAACAAGAAUGUUACAAGGUUGACGACACAAGUUUGUAACAAUAUUGUUAUAUCACGACUGUAUCGGACUCGUUGGAACAACCUUGCAACAAGUCUGAUAAUAUCAACAAGCUUGUUACAGAUUGUUAACAGCUUGUUCCAAACUUGUUGACAACUUGGGACAAGCAAACUUGUUGACGCCUUGUUGGCAGAUUUGCUACAAGAUGUGAGACUUUUACGUGUGUACUUGAAAAAUACAAGUAAAACGGCGACGUUUCGUCUCGAAAGGGACAAAAUCAAUCCGUUCACAUUUUAUGAACAUAUUUACGCUUGAACUUUUAGGAUAUUCGCGAGGUUUUGCAUUUGUUGAAUUUCUCGACAUGGAAACCGCGAAAAAGUGGAUAGAUGAUUGCAAGGUAUACAAAUAUUCAAAGUAUACAAGUAUACAAAUGUUCGCAGGAGAACGUUUUAGAAGAAAAAUUAUUAGCUAAUUUCAGAACAAUUUCCCGCGGGCCAAUCAAAUGUCACCAAUUUCAAAUUGUUGAUUUCAUGACAUUUUGAGAAUGUAUAUAGUCGCAUUCUUGAAACUUUUGACAAGACGACACGACACUUUUUGCCAAAAAAUAAGCGUUCGCGGUUUUGGUAAUAUCUUAAGGCAGAUUUCCACUACACAACUUUUGCCUAAAACUGUCGCAUGCAACCUGCUUACAACUUGAGUUGUACUGUGUGAAUCAAGCACACAACUUACCUGCGACAACCUAAACGUGCUGUGUGCCUACUUGAGUUGUACUAUUUACAUAGUACAACUCAAGUUGUAAGCAAGUUGCAUGCGACAGUUUUAGGCAAAAGUUGUGUAGUGGAAAUAUAUAAAUCUGCCUUUAAAGUCCUUAAGAUUUUUGUGUAGUUAUGGCUUGAACUGUUCGACUAUCCUAUAACAUAUUUUUAUUGUUGAAAAAAACAUUGUCACUGUCACAUACGAAAGAAACGUCGAAAAUCAGCCUUUAUAAAUGUGGUGUACCCAUAAGAUUUUAAAUUAAUAGCCCUUUGCCAAGGCUUCUGCAUGUGAGAAGAUCUCUAGGUUACUAACUUUGUGUACAUUCCUAGGGUAAACUUGUGAUUGAAGACGACUCUGUAAUCAUGGAUUUCAGUCGUUCAAAAAUGGCCGUCGAAUCGCAUAGAGAUUGGGUGUGUAGCAAGGUACAGUAUUAUUACGGAAUGAUUCUGUCUAUAGCUUUUACGGCGGGUUCAACUCACUGCAGUACACUGUAUGUUGUCAGAUCUUGGAUAUUCUGUUGUUUCUUUUUCCAUAGUGUGGGACGCAAAACUUUUCCUCAAAGAGACGAAACACAUGUUUUACUUGUAACACACCUAAAGAUGGUAAGUCUGAAGCAGUCUACACCCUAGCCACCCCCCCAGACCCUAGCCACCCUUGCAUGCCCUCGCUCUCCACUGGAAGCACAUUUUUUAUUUCUAUUUUAAAACAGAAAAUGACGAGACGAAAGAGCUUGGUAGUACGCCAUGCAAAGGUACUGUAAACUACAUAAAAAUGUCCACAUUCUCAUUUAAGGGAACAGCGAUUGUCACACAAAUCACACCGAAUUCGUCAUCGUUAGAGCAACUUCUGUAUUUCUGUAUUCGUGUGAACGUCUUGUUCGCUGCACGCGACAUGCAGAUGGCAUGUGCUGCCCGCUUUAUGAUGCAGGCUGUGCUCAAAUUAGACAGACCUAUUAGCCCUGAAAUUCAAGGCACGUUUACAACACAGUAUCUACUUGUGUACAUCAGCAAAGGGAAGAUGCAUGCGAGUAUGCACUGUUGUUCACAUUCAAUGUACAAUGUACAAGUCUAAUAAGACCUACAAACGUGAAAUAAUUCAUCUACAAAGGUGAAUAAUCAGCUUUUCGUUGUAACUAAAAAGUAUAGAAAUUUCAAAGAAAAACACCAUCAGGAGAAUUGAUCAUAUAAAAUAUAGACAAGAAUUUUUCAGACUUCCUUUCAGGGGCGUAGGAAGUAUCAAAAGAUUGGAGGGCACCGGCUUCUAGGGGCACGUUAAGAUAUUGAAAAGGGCACCUAAAAAAUUUUUCCCGGAAACGUUGGCGACGGGGGGGAGGGAAAAAUUUUCCCGCCGUACCAUACCGAAAUUACACGUUCUUGACCAAUUUUUUUUUAAAAACUUGGAAAUUUCCAAACAAAAAGGGCACCUUUGAUGUUAAUUUAGUAUUUACAGCGACAUUAGCUUCUACAAAAAGGGCACUUUUCAUCACAAAAAGGGCACUUUUCAUCACAAAAAAGGGCACUUUAGUCCUUUGGAAAAAUUGGGGGGCCCCCGGUUCCGUGCCCCCCGGUUCCUACGCCCUGCUUCCUUUUUCAAAGUCAUCGACUAAAUGUGCACUUCUUGAAUCUCUUCCGACUCAUGCAUUUUAAUAUUUGUCAUCGAAUAACCAUCGAUUUGAUUAUCUUGCAAUAUUCGCAGAAUUGAGCCCGUAUAAAAUUCCUAUCACUUGCAUACAGCGACUGCACCUGUUUAAGACGGCGAAUUGUAGACUGGGGUCAAUUGUCAUAUUAAAAACCUCAUUCUAACCAUAUCAUUCCUAACCAUAUGUUGCAAUUUUGAGCAUCAAAGUUAUUGCGACGUCAUUCCGGAGCAUUUCUGCGAAAAGUGAGCCCCGUGUUGUGAAAGGUGUACGAUUUUAAAUAAAGGAAUCAUCACGGUCAUAUAUAUACUCGGGCAAAAACGGCGUAAAGCUCUUUAUUGAUACAGUUUCAUUACAAAAGUUCUAUGCUGUAUUUUACUAUAUAGUUCUCAUUCUUCGAGGCCUGGAUAUUCUCACAACUGAAGAGACGGUAUGUAGAUGAGCACACAGUGUGCCAAGAUCCAGUCAACGGGUUUUCACGACACAGAUUAAUCUGUUUAAACCGUGAGCUGUAAUUAUAUAACUCACAAAUCAUUUUGGAUUUUAGCCUGAUUCUUUCUAAGUGGGUCAUGUAUAGUGAACUAUAGUUGCAUUUUUUGCAACUGCUACUGGCUAAGUCUAAUAAAUUUAUAAAAUUUACACUUAAAAUUACCAUUUACAAAACAGCAGGGCUUAAAAAAUAGGCGUACGGACGUCCGAUUGUACGCCGAAAGUAGCUUGGUGUACGCCAAUAAUUUCAAAUGUGCUUAAAUAGCCUACCAAUGCUUGUAAAUUUAUUGUAACCGUUAUUCAUCCAUCAUUGAAAGGCUUUCAGAAAGUCAAUUUAGCUUCUGUAAUGCCAUAAUUAAUAGCCAUGUUAACGUACUCGUCGAAUAAUACCGUUUUAAAACUCGUCAUAAGAGGAGUACUGUUUAAAACACGAGCAGCAGUGUUUUAUCGGAUAUAAAGACACGAGGCGAAGACGAGUAUCUUUAGGUCUGAUAAAACACGCACUGCGAAUUUUUUAAAUUGCUUCAAAAAUUAUCGAUCUAGUAAGUUCAUUGGCGAAGUAAUUUUCAAAAAAUACGUUGUGUAAGUCGAGAAGAUCAAAGUUAAAGUUUAUGUAAAUCAAGGGAAAUGUCUAUCACAUAUAAAGAUACGACACGCUUUUGUGUUUUCCUCAUGAAUUAUUAAUGAGUUUUUUAAUCAACUAUACAGUACGCACAGCCAAUACACGACUGUCCAAAUAUCAUAGAAUCUAGCUUUAUAAAAAUGCUGAUCAAAAUAUCGUUUGGACGUAUCAUCUGAUCUGGAAUGUUCAUUUAAUGUGUCUGUGGAAAGCGAAGUUAUUCUGGACCAUACGCAGUUCUACGAAGCAUCAGCAUUCAGUAUUUAAACGGGGAUUAAUCUACACCAAUUCUUUCUCUGAUAUUAUGUCAUUGUUUUUCAGAUCCGCCAAUCGCUAGCUUCGUUUACAUCUACGCCUAUCUUCGAUGUACGGCUCAUUAAAGACAAGCUCACUGGCACGUCAAGAGGAUUUUGUUUCAUUGAACUGGGCUCCAUUGAGGUAAGUCGUCCGUUUAUAUUUAUACUAGAUAUCUUUAUCAGUUCUAAACUGUUCUCCCUAGAGGUCCAGUAAGGAUCAUCUCUUAUUGAUCCAGUGUUACUACAGGAGGAAACCUAAACUAAACUAACUUUAUUUAUACUGGAUAUCUUUAUCAGUUCUAUACUGUUCUCCCUAGAGAUCCAGUAAGGGUCAUCUUUUAUUGAUCCAGUGUUACUACAGGAGGAAACAUAAACUAAACUAACUUUAUUUAUACUGGAUAUCUUUAUCAGUUCUUUACUGUUCUCUCCAGAGGUCCGGUAAGGAUCAUGUCGUAUUAAUCCAGUGUUACUACAGCAGGAAACCUAAACUAACUUUAUUUAUACUGGAUAGCUCUAUCAGUUCUAAACUGUUCUCCCUAGAGAUCCAGUAAGGAUCAUCUCUUAUUAACCCAGUGUUACUACAGGAGGAAACCUAAACUAAACUAACUUUAUUUAUACUGGAUAGCUCUUUCAGUUCUAAACUAUUCUCCCUAGAGGUCCAGUAAGGUUCAUCUCUUAUUGACCCAGUGUUACUACAGGAGGAAACCUAAACUAACUAACUUUAUUUAUACUGGAUAGCUCUAUCUGUUCUAAACUACUUGCGAAAACGUCAAUUUUUACAAAUAGUUUUUCUCCCUCAGGAAGCGACUCAGCUCAGAGAAGAACUCCAAGCUGCAUCAUUCACAGUUGAUGAAAAAGUUUUGGUUAUAUCUUACGCCAAGUUUGGUACAAAUCCGUCCAAGUCAGGGUAUUGUGAAAUAUAUAUUAUUCAAAUCUGUUGCAAAACAAGUUACUACAACAAGUUUUUUGAAGUGUUUCAAAAUCACUCUAUAAAAGACUUCAAGUGAAUGAGAUAACGUCUCGAGCGAACCGAGACCCUGGUCACAAAGGCAGAAGGCCCAUUUACUAACAGUUGUUACAAAACUAGUUGUUACAAAUCUGUUCACAAGCUGUUGACAAGUUGUGUUCGCAUUGCUUGUUCCCAGUUGUAACAAGUUUGGAUCAAGCUGUUAACAACUUGUAACAAGCUUGAUGGCAUUAUCAGACUUGUUACAAGGUUGUUCUAACAAGUCGGAUACAGUCAUGAUAUAACAAGAAUGUUACAAGGUUGAUGACACAAGGUUGUAACAAUAUUGUUAUAUCAUGACUUUAUCAGACUUGUUGGAACAACCUUUUGACAAGUCUGAUAAUAUCAAGAAGGUUCUUACAAAUUGUUAACAGCUUGUUCCAUACUUUUUGACAACUUGGGACAAGCAGUGCGAACACAACUUGUUGACGGCUUGUUGGCAGGCUUGCUACAAGAUGUGAGAUUUUUUCUUGUGUAACCAAAGUCUCUGUAUUUCAAUUUAGGACUGUCGCAGUUGGCAGCUGCUCAUCCAGCGCUACCACUUCGAUCAGUGAGACACCAUCUACGUCAUCAACAGCCAACCCAUCACGUUCAAAGUUUGCCGCCAACGCAAUAGCCCAAGCUCGUGCAGCUGCGCAAAUGGGCCACACCACUGACCCACAGAUGGGGAGCUCUAUGGAUCACUACUCCACUGCUGAGGUAUUUAUAAAUAUCGCAGAUUUGUGCUUUCAACACAUGCGUUUCACUAAGCACUACCGUGCAGCAGACGGUCAACCUGCAGUUAUCAGAGUGAGAAAAUCAGUGUUUUCAUCAUCUUGUAUUUGGAGGCAAACAAAUUUCGUUAAGAGAUAUAGUGUAACUUUCGUGCUCCUAUAAACGUCAAUUCUGAAGCUGAUCAUUGUCUGUUGCAACGCUUGCUUAAAUCCACCAAUAUUGUUCUGUAUUGGAUUCCCUGUGUUAGAGCAGUAGACUUAGUCAGCUAACGAAUAUUUUUGUUUUUGUUUUACAGACUACUUUCCCAGCUACACAAGCAGGUUGGUACAUUGUACUGUCAUGUGACUGGUCAUACUGAGUUAUUGAUCUGGCCAUCAUUAAUUAAUAUCACCACCACCACCAAUAUCGCCGUUAUCGUUAUCACAUCCAUCAUCACCACCAUCAUUACCAGCAUCGUCAUUAUCACCAUGACCACCAUCGUCAUCACCAUAACCAUCAUCACCAUCACUACCAUCAUUACCAGCAUCAUCACCAUCACCACUAUCAUAACCAUCAUCAUCAUCACCAAUACCAACAUCAUAACCAUCACUACCAUCAUCAUUACCAUGACCACUAUCAUCAUAUCCAUCAUCAUCACCACCACUACCAUCAUCAUUACCAGCAUCAUCACCAUAACCACUAUCAUAACCAUCAUCAUUACCACCACUACCAACAUCAUUACCAGCAUCAUCACCAUAACCACUAUCAUAACCAUCAUCAUCACCACCACUACCAACAUCAUUACCAGCAUCAUCACCAUAACCACUAUCAUAACCAUCAUCACCACCACUACCAACAUCAUUACCAGCAUCAUCACCAUAACCACUAUCAUAACCAUCAUCAUCACCACCACUACCAAGAUUACCAGCAUCAUCACCAUAACCACUAUCAUAACCACCAUCAUCACCAUCAUCAUCACUACCAUCAUCAUUCCCAGCAUCAUCACCAUAACCACCAUCAUGACCACCACUAACACCGUCAUCGUCAUGACAACACCUCUUAUCAUGACUAUUACCUUCAGCUUCUUCUACAGUCCAGGACACGGCAGUGAGCUCAGAAGUGUCAAGUGAAACCUCAACCGUCACUCCAGUUGACAGUACAGCUCAGACGCCAGCCCCACAAGCCAUAUCAUCUUAUGUAUAUGACACUGCCAGCGGGUACUAUUAUGAUACAACCACAGGACUGUAUUAUGACCCGACCACACAGGUAAGAUCAGAUAUUGUAAUGGUGAAUACUAGAUUAAAUGUAUUUGUAUAAUGAUGCUACAUGACAUCUCUCAUGCAACUCUUGUUCUCGUUUGAUCAAGCAAUGAAAGUUGAGAAAACUCUCAUGCAAACUCUCGCUUGUCAACUCUCAUGCAACUCUUGUUCCCGUUUGAUCAAGCAAUGAAAGUUCAGGAAACUCUAAUACAAACUCUCGCUUCUCAGCUCACAAUUUUAUACUAUUUUACUUCUUAAUUUUCAUUAGUAUUACUACAACGGCACAACGCAACAAUACAUGUAUUGGGAUGCUACGACACAACAAUAUGUUACCGUUGUAUCGUCGGCUAGCACAAGGUAAUCUUUUGUACCAUUAAAUCGGUUUAAACUCUUUCUAAAUAACUCUAUAGGCCCAUUUUCACUCAAGAAAAAUUUCCACGGACAAAAAAAACAUUUUCCGAAAAUAUCAUUGUUAUUAAAGUUGAAAAUCCAAUAACAUUUUCAAAAUUUUCUUUCUGCGGAAAAUUUUCGGCCCAAAUGUGGUAGCAAUUUCCACACGCAAUACAAAAGUAUACAAAAUUUGCGAACUUUGCAAGGCUAUAUUUUCCGCAUUUUACAACAUUUCGCAACCAAACUUUGCAAUUUUACUCAUUUCAGUAUGCUCUUUCUAGCUGUGGUGAUUUAUUUGCAUCUCCUUGCCUAGUUUUAAAAUUAGUCUAUAAUGGAAAUUGUUUAUUGAAUCGUAACUGUUUAUUACAUUUAUGAUAUAGUGACACACAAGCUGCUACCUCAGCCGUCCCGGCUCAACCCCCAAGUGAAGCAGAAAAUACUGCAACCAGCAAAGGUAGGAUUUUUUUUUAUUUUGUACACAGUACAGGGUUCGUAGCGGUCUUUGAAAUCCUUGAAAGUCUUUAAAUUGGAAUGCAGGUCUUUGAGGUCUUUGAAAAGUCUUUAAAUUGUGCGAAAAAGCGAAGAAAGUCUUUAAAAAGUCUUUAAAUUCUUUAGUGAGGAAUUGAUUGUACGAUUUCCUAGCUAAUAAAAUAGAUUGAUUGAAUCACGAUUUUCGCAAAAAUCGACGAAAAGGCGCAUUUUAGGAUGUGAUUUGACGGGACUAAUUACUGGGUAAAAAUGGUGCUUACACUCGCAAUUUUUCGACACCUGAUUGCUCUCAAAGAUCUUUGAUAAGUCUUUGAAAAUAGGCAGAAAAAAUCUUUGAAAGUCUUUGAAUUUUUUUGGUCUUGGAGACUACGAACCCUGACAGUAGUAUUAAGCCCUGUACAGACAGGAAAUUUUUCCUUGACAAAUUUUAUUUGAUGUUUGUGAUGUUACUCUGAGGGUAUAUCUACACCGGGCAAGCUUGAAAAAUCUGCCUGGCCACGGUGGGAAUCGAACCUACGACCUUUGGAAUACUACAGCCCAGUUGGCAGAGCAGUAGCUCAGUUGGCAGAGCAUUGGGCUAGUAUUCCAAAGGUCGUAGGUUCGAUUCCCACCGUGGCCGGGCAUAUUUUUCAAGCUCGUCCGGUGUGGAUAUACACUCAGAGUAACAUCACAAACAUCGUAUUCACCUGAAUACAUAACACCAACACAGAAAUUUUAUUUGCUUUUGUGUACGGUAAACUUAUCUGAAGUUUACAUCACAGACUAACUUUUUCGUUUUAUCUUUCAGAAAAGCAAAAGAAAGCUAAAAGUUUAAAUGCGAAAAAGGUUCGUAGCUAUAACCGAAAGUUUAAAUCCCGAAUCCUGUGAGGUUUUGUGAUAAAUUGCGGUAGAAAUUGAUUGUUUGAUGUUAAACUAGAUCGCUAAAGACAUGGAGAGAUGGGCGAAAAAACAAGCGAAGAAUAAAGAAGCGGCUCGUCCUCAGGCCACUGCCCAGGCAACACAGGACACGGUCAAAGAAAGCACAUAUCAAUACGACCCCAAUGAUUUGAAGGUUAGUUGGACGGCUACUGAAGUUUUAACGCAACCUAGAUAGUGACUGUACAAUAUUUCAAACGGUCCAUUAAGCUGUCGUGGUUUGUGAACAUGAUCUAACCAUGCUUAACUCAGCAGUGAAUUUUGUACAACGUCAGUUGACUUUUUAAGGUACACACGCAAAAAUCUCACAUCUUGUAGCAAGUCUCCCAACAAGUCGUCAACAGGUUGUGUUCGCACUGCUUGUCCAAGUUGUCAACACAAGUUUGGAACAAGCUGUUAACAACUUGUAUUAUCAGACUUGUUGCAAGGUUGUUUCAACAAGUCCGAUACAGUCAUGAUAUAACAAUAUUGUUGCAAUCUUGUGUCGUCAACCUUGUAACAUUCCUGUUAUAUCAUGACUGUAUAUCAGACUUGUCAGAACAACCUUGUAAUAAGUCUGAUAAUGUCAUCAAGCUUGUUACAAGUUUGUUAAUAGCUUGCUCCAAACUUGUUACAACAACUGGGAACAAGCAGUGCGAACACAACUUGUCGACAGCUUGAACAUCAGAUCACAUUAAGGCAGCCCACAUUCAAGAACAUGUACUACCUCUGCAUGAUCUAACCAUGCUUAACUCAGCAGUGAGUUCUGUACAACAUUAGAUCACUUUAAGGUAGCUCACAUUCAAGAACAUGUACUACCUCUGCAUGAUCUAACCAUGCUUAACUCAGCAGUGAGUUAUGUACAACAUCAGAUCACUUUAAGGUAGCUCACAUUCAAGAACAUGUACUACCUCUGUAUGAUCUAACCAUACUUAACUCAGCAGUAAGUUCUGUACAACAUCAGAUCACAUUAAGGUAGCUCACAUUCAAGAACAUGUACUACCUCUGCAUGAUCUAACCAUACUUAACUCAGCAGUGAGUACUGUACAACAUCAGAUCACCUCAAGGCAGCCCACAUUCAAGAACAUGUACUACCUCUGUAUGUUCUAACCAUGCUUAACUCAGCAGUGAGUUCUUACAACAUCAGAUCACCUUAAGGCAGCCCACAUUCAAGAACAUAUUUAAGUUGUGAAAGAUGUAACUCUGCUGACACGAUGUAUCUUAUGUACAGGGUGGUAUCAUAAUGAGCGUUACUGGCUCGAGUAAUAUUACGUCACUUGCGACAGCGAGUCCACUGGCCGCUUUAUCUGAACUGGACGAUCCUGUUGCCACCUCUGCACCACCAGCAGGUAUGAAUUACUUGAUUUUCAAAUACGAGUUUGUUUUAAAAUGCGUUGGAGUACACGCGUAAAAUGUCACAUCUUGUAGCAAGUCUGCCAACAAGCCGUCAACAAGUUGUGUUCGCACUGCUUGUCCCAAGUUGUCAACAAGUUUGAAACAAGCUGUUAACAACUUGUAACGAGCUUGUUGAUAUUAUCAGACUUGUUGCAGGGUUGUUCCAACAAGUCUGAUACAGUCAUGAUAUAACAAUAUUGUUACAACUUUGUGUCGUCAACCUUGUAACAUUCUUAUAUCAUGACCGCAUCAGGCUUGUUAGAACAACCUUGUAACAAGUCUGAUAAUGCCAUCAAGCUUGUUACAAGUUGUUAAGGUUACAGGACACCCUUUCUGGCGUUUUGCGGAAAAUCGCUACUGCGCGCUCAAAAUCAGUCCAAUUUUCAUAAAAUUUUCACCAAAUGUUCGCCAGUGCAUGCAAAAUAUGGUAAAGUUAUAAAAUUAACAAACAAUAAAAUAAUGUAAGAAUUAUUCAGUAAAAUCUUAAAUCGCGGUAUCGUUACGCUUUUGAGUUGUGCUCCUGCUGGUUUUAAGGUAUAUUAGUGAAAAUAUCAUUUUUAAACAGUAAAAUAGUUGUUCUUAAAAGUGUUCGGAAAUUUUUGUUUAUUUCGUCAUUCCGCUGAUAUGGCGAUUUCUUUGACGACUGCAAUAUAUUUCUGAAUUGUUUGAGUGAAUUGCUCUUUAAUAUUAAAAUAUCCAAAAUUAGAACAAAGCCGAAAAUAGUUUUGGAACUGACGUCUUUAGCUAUAUCCUGUGAAAAUUUGAGAAAAAUUGGAUGAAACCCGCAGGAGAACAACUCGUUUGAAAAUCAGUAAUUACCGUAAAAUUCUUCGGGAGAAAAUUGAAUUUGAACAUUACAUUUUCAAUGUUUUUCUUAUUGCCGCGAAAUGUAUUAUAUUAAAUAACUCAGCGAGUUUUCAACAUUUUUCGUUCAAACUUGGUCAGGUAGUAGAACUAGUCUAAUGCUUUCAUGGAAACCAAUAAAAAAUUUUUAGGCAAAAUUAACACUCAAAGGUGUCCUGUAACCUUAAUCGGAUAUUUAUUUGUCUAAUUUGCAUUUAUCCUUGCUGCCAUGACUUGAAUCGAAUGCCCCGUUACGUCACAGUAGAUUUUGAUUUUAGAAUUUGCAUCAGCGCACAGAUGCGAGCGCCCGCAAUCUGCAUGCGAUGCGUCGCUCUGCGGCCAAAUCUAACGUUACGUAAGGCUCUAAAACAAUAGAUUUGACGAUGUCACGUUAGAUUUCACGCGGAAAAGGACUCGGGACCGAUGCAUUCACUGAUGCAAAAUGGAUGCCAAUAGAUGUCAAUCGAAUCUAACGUGACGUAGGUGAUGCAUUUUGCUUCAACUGUGACGUCGGAGGAUUCGGUAAAAAAAAAUUUUUCGCGAAAUUAUUGACGCUUAAAGUGUCGCAAAAUAACAGAAAGUACACAUUUGCGAUCGCACGUCGCAUAUUGGACUUAUUUUGACAAUUUCGACUGUUAUUGAGACUAUUUAAAUCGGAUUUCAUCCUAAAUAAUGUAUUCCUGACAUGGAGUCAAUUUUAAGCAAAGAUUUGCGAAUUGAUAGGAGAUAAUUUAUUACUGAGUGCUUUGACUAUUGACGAUAUUAUAUAUCUAUAUAUUUCAAGCAACAUGAUUUCUCAAUUUUGACCGAUGCAUUCGAAUCGCUGGCAUUGGUCUGGAUCCGCCCCUGCCCGCACCCGUAGCACGUGCUCACUAUGGAACUUGGAACUGUCUUGUAACUUGCUGCUCGUGAGCUGUUGCAACUCGUCAGCUGUUGCAACUCGCAACUCAUAACUCGCAACUUAAAACUCGCAACUCGUAGUGGCAGCUCAUAACUCGCAACUCAUAACUCGCAACUCAUAACUCGUAACUCAUAACUCGCAACUCAUAUCUCGCAACUCAUAACUCGCAGCCCAUAACUCCCAACUUCACAGCUCGCAAAUUACCAGUACCCAAUAUCAAUUUGCUUAGAACAGUAAAUAUGGAAUUUAUAACAUAUCAAUUAUCUUAAAAUAGUAAAAAUUGAAUUUAUUACUUAUAUGUAGGCAAGCUGCUGUCUAAUGUAGGCAUGAAGCAGCUGCUAAUGUGGGCAAGUCUCAAGAAAAAAAUCAGAGUUUCGUGUUCACUUUGAAAUUCCAUCGAGAAAAGAGUGACAUUGCAGCAGUCUCCUGAUUAAGUUAAUUCUUAAUAGUCGC